AUGCUCUUAUAUAAUGUAAUCAUGUUCGUACAAAUCUGUUUCGUGCCGUGCAAUAAUGGUACGACUUCCCGCUCGCAUCUUUGGAAUUUAAACAAUUUGGUUCCAAACGGAAUGGAUGAGGGUCUACUCAACGACCUACUGGAGUGCUCCGUGUGCCUGGAGAGGCUCGACACCUCCUCGCGCGUGCUGCCCUGCCAGCACACCUUCUGUCUCAAGUGCUUGAAGGUCAGUGACCAG